AUGUUGCGGGCCUGUGCCUUGGAAUUCAAGGGUAGCUGGGAGAAUCACCUGCCGCUCAUAGAGUUUGCGUACAACAACAGCUUCCAAGCAUCCCUUCAGAUGGCACUUUUUGAGGUUCUAUAUGGGAGGAAAUGUAGAUCACCGUUAUUUUCGAAUGAGGUUGGUGAAAGCAAACUUCUUGGGCCAGAAAGAGUUCAAAAGAUGAAGGAUCAAGUUAGAGUCAUAAGGGAUAGGAUGGCAAUAGCACCGAGUCAUAAAAAGAGUUAUACAGAUACAAGAAGAAGAGACCUAUCAUUCAAAGAAGGUGAUUGGGUGUACCUUAAAGUCUCACCCAUAAAGGGCGUCAAAUGUUUUGGGAAGAAAGGGAAGCUAAGCCCAAGGACCAUAGACUUUGAUGCAGAGGAGGAAUUAGAGCCAGAGGGAUUGGCUCCGCCGGAGGAGUGA